AAUGCUUCUGUGGAGUGGCCCACUGUGUUGGAUGACAGCUAUCCGGCGCCGAAUUGCCGAUAGUCAGUCAGACGAAAGAGCCAUGGCGGCCACGGGUGGAGGGAAAAUUAGAAGCAGGAGAUAUCAUAUCGCUUCUAAACCUUACGCCAAGAGUAAACAGCAGUCAGGCCUCAUCAGUCGAGUGACAGACACUGUGAAGAGCAUCGUUCCUUCCUGGCUGCAGAAAUACUUCAAGAAUGAAGAUAAUUCUGAAGAAGGAGGGUCUGUGCAAGGAACAGAGCAGAACUGCCAGCCACCACUUCCACCUAAUGGCAGUGAAGAGGGGCCUCCUGCUCUUGAUGGACGUGACUCCCCAGAACCUGGCACCAGUUUCACAGAGCCCUCAACAAGUCGGGCAUCUCUCAACAUUCAAGAGUAUGUGCUUUCUCGACCCCCUCUGAGUCGCUCGCAUCUUCAUUUUCCCUCACUGGAUCCCUCCUCCCCAAGCCUUGGGACUUCUAGCAGCCUCUUCUCCCAGCCAUCCACCUCAUCAGCUCCUGGACCUUUUUCCACUGGCUUCUCUUUGGUCAAAGAAAUUAAGGACAAUCUCUCGCAGCACGAAGAUGAUAACAUCUCAACCACAAGCGGGUUCUCUUCCCGCGCCUCUGACAAAGACGUCCCCACUUCCAAAACAGCAUCACUCCCCCAACUUUGGUGUCCAGAUAUGGAAAGAACAAACUCUGGACCUCAGCCUUCACAGUCAACUUUGAAAAAGCCUACUUUCAACCUGUCUGUUUUUGGAACAUCCUCCAAUUCAUCAUUAAACAGCACAGUGCUGAACUCCAGUCAGCUUGGAGAUUCACCCUUCUACCCUGGGAAGACAACGUAUGGUGGUGCAGCUGCAGCCAGGAGCUCACGUGCUCGACCUGGAACGCCGUACCAUGCUCCUGUGAGGAGACAGAUCAAGGCCAAGCCUGCUGGUGCUCAGCCUUGUGGGGUGACCAGUGCCACAGCCAGACGCAUCCUGCAGUCUUUGGAGAGCAUGUCAAGCCCUCUCGCUGAUGCAAAACGAAUCCCUGCAGCAUCCUCCAUGGCACCUUCAGUAGAUGGCACAAAUCUAGACGUUUCACAUUUCCAGUCGAAAAAGAAACGGAUGGAUCCUGGCCUUCCACCAGUGCAGAAACUGGUGGUUCCUACCACCACACCAGGAAACCGUUCUGUGUCCUUCAGGCCUACAUUAACUCCUGGAGGUGUGAGCCGAACUCUGGAGAGGACGCCAAGAGAAACGGUCAGAAACAUGCCCACAAGACAAUUACACCAACUACCUAAUGCAACCCCAAGCCCAUCUCAAAGCACAAUGACUUCUAGUCGUCCAGUCUACCCUUUGUCCAGCACGCCUGCAGCCAGCAGCACCAGCUCUGGAGGUGGCAAGAUGAAGAGGGAGAGGACAAGUGCACGGCCCACCUCUAAACGCCCUGAGGAGGAUGAGGUGGCCAGUGUGCCCGACCUUCCCAAGAUUUCACUUCCCAUCAGCAAUGCAGCCUUGCCAACCUUUAGCUUCUCUUCCCCUCUUCCAUCUCUUACCACCAUCAGCACCACCCCUGUCACUGACACCACUCCUGUUAAGGAAAAUCCAACAAAGAAGGACUCGUUGGUGGCCUUGACACCCCCUUGUGCACCUUUCACCUUUUCCUCCCCCAUUGUCAAAGCAACUGCUGCUAGCCCGCCUUCCUUUUCCCCUUCAGCUGGUUUUACUUUUAGUGCACCUGUAGCAAAGAUAGGCCCCUCCAUGUCAAAUGGGAAGCUGGCUUCUUCUCUACCAGCAGCAGUGAAGCCAACAGCUGUCAAAAGCACAGAAGAUUUUGAAGGACCGUUUAAACCAGCUAAGGUCCUGAAGGAAGGGAGCGUGCUGGAUCUCCUCAAAACACCUGGCUUCGCUUCUCCCGUUGCUCGGACUUCCCCAGGCCCAGAUGCUUCUCCCCAGAAGAUCUCCACACGAUCAACUACUCCUCUGACGUCCACUACAUCCUCCCUGUCUUCUUCAGCAGGGUGUGGGGAUUUGUUCAAAGUUGCACCAGGCUGGAGCUGUGACGUCUGUUUGGUACAGAACAAACCAACAGACACCAAGUGUGUUUGCUGCACGGCACCACAGCCUAGCACUUCACCCAAAUCAAUGAAUAAUAAACCUUCACCUGCAACCUCCGCUGCAGUGGCAAGCAGCAUGAACUCCACUUCCAUCACCACAACCACUACAGGAUUUGGCGCAGUGGUUUCCAAACCUCCUGGAACGUGGGACUGUGAUACUUGUCUUGUUCAAAACAAACCUGAUGCAGUAAAAUGUGUGGCUUGCGAAACGGCCAAACCUGGGACGGGCCUCAAACCCUCAUUGACGCUUCCCUCUGCGUUCUCAGCUGUUAACGCUUUACCCACAAACAAAUUGGGAUUUGGAGACAAGUUCAAAAAGCCUGAGGGUGCAUGGGAGUGUGAUACAUGUAUGGUACAGAAUAAGGCAGAAGACACGAGGUGCGUGGCCUGCACAAGCACUAAACCAGGUGCAUCAGCUGGAGCUCCAGCAGCAUUCUGUUCUCCAGCCACCACUGAAUCUGUGUUUGGGAUUGGAGACAAGUUCAAGAAGCCAGAGGGUGCCUGGGAGUGCGAGGUCUGCCUUGUGCAGAACAAGGCAGCUGAUGUACAGUGUGUCGCUUGCCAGGCAUCUAAACCUGGAGCUAAGCUGGAGCCCAAAGCUUUUGGGUCAUCUGCUGUUGGGACAACAGGCUCCUCUGCCACUAGUUCUGGAGGUUUUAAGUUUGGCACGUCUGACAGUACCUCAGAAUCCACAUCUGGAGGAUUUAAGUUUGGUAUACCAGACAGCACCUCAGGAUCUGGAGGAUUUAAGUUUGGCACAUCAGACAGUACAUCUGGAUCUGCAGAUUUCAAGUUUGGAGGAUCAUUUUCAGAGUCCUCUUCUUCACUGGGUGGAUUCAAGUUUGGAGUCCCAUUUGGAAACUCUUCUUCAGAAACCACUUCAAAGGACACUACUGCCCCAUCUGGGUUCAAAUUUGGUAGCUCAUCAGACGGCUUUAAAUUUGGGGCUGCUUCUAGUGAUGACAAAAAGUCAGACCCAGCUGCUGGUUCAGGGUUUCAGUUUGGAGCUAGCAGUGGGCCAGUGUUUGGAACUGGAUUAUCUAGCACAGAAAACUCUUCUAAAGGUGGCUUUUCUUUUGGAAUGUCAAAACCUGAAGAGAAAACCCCAGACACCACCACCAUCACCACAUCCUCUGUUAGUUUCACUCCUCUUUCUGCUUCUCAAGAAAAGAGCGACAGUGCAAAAUCAUUAAAUGAAACCACAUCAACAAACACCAACGCAACGAGCACGAGCUCCAUUUUUGGGAGACUGGGAGAGCCAAAUUUGUCUGCAACCACGCCACAAAGCAGCACCACUUUUAGGUCUUUGCAGGCCGAUAAAGCACCGGCUGCUCCCACGUUUACUUUUGGGAAGCCAGAGGAAAAGAAGGAAACUUCUACUGUCCCUGCUCCAUCUACAUUACUCUUUGGUGCUGCUAGCAAAGAAGCAGAGGCCACACCAGUACCAGCAAUUUCAGGAGGUUUUGCCUUCAACAAGCCUACUGCUCCAACAGAACAACCACCACCUGCAUUCACCUUUGGCAAGCCAGCGGACAAGGGCGAAGCCGCUGCUGCAGAGGCUCCAAAACCCUCCUUCACUUUCGGACAAACUGCUACAGAAUCGGCUGCUCCAAAACCAGCAUUUACUUUUCUGGCUAAUAAUCCCACCAGCACCACCAACUCCACCACUUCGACAUCCUCCACCUCCGCUCCCAGUCUCUUCGGUGCCAGCAGCAGCUCCACCCAGUCUCUAGCUCCUUCCGCAGCUCCCAGCGCUUUUGUGUUCGGUCAAUCGGCUGCAGCCCCCAGCGAUGCUGCUCCUUCUAAAACGUUUGUCUUUGGCCAAAGUCAGGACAAUCAGACUUCAGCAUCCUCAGCUGCUCCUCUGAACUCCGCCCCAGCCUCAGCUCAGCCCUUUAUCUUUGGUGCUCCUGCCAGUGCUGCUCCUGCUCCAGCUGCUCCAUCUUUCAGUUUUGGAGCAACAGCACCCUCUGCUGCUUCAUCUUCAGUGACUGCUCCAUCUACAGCUCCCCCUCCUUUUGUGUUCAGCUCAGCUCCCAGUAGUGGGUUCGGGGCUGGCCAGACUCCUUCAUUUGGCGCAUCUUUUGGAUCUGGAUUCACAGCUUCACCCUCUCAGGCACCCGCCUUUGGAGCCAAAACCAAUGCAGCGCCGGUCUUCGGUCAGCAGACCAGCUCGGCAACUGUAUUUGGAGCAGCUGCUAAUGCUGCACCAGGUGGAGGCUUUCAAUUUGGAGUAACCAGUGCAUUUGGAGCCACAAACAACACCUCAGGUGUGUUUACCUUUGGAGCAGGAUCAGCACCUUCUCCUGCUCCCAUUGCCAACCCGUCCAUUGCACCCCAGCCUGGAGGACCUGGAGGUGGAUUCAACUUUGCACAACCCCCCACAUUCAAUAUUGGAUCAACUAAAUCUUUCCCUGCUACUCCUGCUGCACAGCAAGCAAUUGCUGGACGCAAGAUCAAAAUGGCAGUGCGACGCAGGAAGUAGAGCCCUGUGGGUUCGACUAUAAGGCAGACAUGAUUUGACUGUUUCCCAUUGAAGGCUGAAUAAAGAAUGGGGUCAACUUCACAAACACUGAACUGAGAAUUAAACUGAGCUGAUAUGUCAGAGGUUUUCACUUGUAGAUCAGAGUUGUCAUUAUGCGAGACCAUCUCACAAGGCUUCUCAAACAGUCGAUUGAACAGCAUCACUGACUUACUAAAUAACAAUCAAGCAAGGACUCCCUGCUCAACACGGAAAACAAGCAACACAUUCAUAUCUAUUUUCAACCCCGGCAAAUGUCUGCUAAACCUGUGGCAUGACUUUUUGUAUUAAAAUUGCAAAGGCAAAAACUGCGGAACUAAAGAGUUGUGAGUGUACACGAUAUAAAUUAGUACGA